GCGGUCUUCUGCGAGGGAAAUGGAGGCGACGGCGACGAUGGAUAUCGUUGUGGUCUACAAGCGCCAGGAAUAUUACGUUGCAACACAAGCUUCAUCAGAUCGGAAGACGCUUCUAGUAGAUCUACUGCAAUGCCAGCUGCUAUCUCUCUUGGGAGCGAUGCCAGAAGAGCAGACCUUGAUGUCCUCCAGUGGGGAGAUCCUGUACUCACCUAGCAAGAGUGAUGUGGCCACCAUCGCAGUGUCCAUCGAGACUCGACCUCGGUUCUUCCUCUUUUCGAGAUCUGAAUCCAGCCCUAAAGUGCCGGAAAUGGCAAGUGACUGGCGACAAAUCUGCACAAAGUGUACCUUCGGAGACACUGCAGUGGUACAACCAGCCUUUCGAAAGAUUUCGCCGAGUGGAGGGGACCCACUAGCUACUCUCAUCUGUGAACCAUGUGCCAGGACCUGCACGACAGAUUUCCAGCCUGUAAACCCUAUGGAGUGGAAUGCGUCCGAUACAUUAACGUCGCGGUUCAUCUCUGAUGUCACUAUUGUUGCCGGUGAAGUGGACAUCGCUGCGCCGUCAGGGUUCAUGAAGCUGCCUGUGGAUUUGAAUUACUCUGCGUCGGGUGACUAUGUGUAUCUAUGUGUAAAGCGUGGUGGACUGCGUGCGCUGACGCAGCUCCACGUGCUCGUUGGACAACAUGAAGACGCAGUGGAUACCUCCACUUCAGCCGGAGACCCAGAAAAAGUGAUUAAUGUCGAUUGUAACAGCGGUGAUCCGACUGAAACGAGUAUUCAUAUCGGGUAUGACUCGGUGCAACUCAAAGGUAACAUGGAGCAGCUUGAGACGCUGGCUAUCACUGACAUCGCUGUUGUUGUCGGCGAUCAACCCGCCCCAUCGUCCGAGUACAUAAAGAUUACACGGAAUCUGAACGAAGGUGCUUUAGGCUCUGAAUCUGUGUUCCUGUACUAUCGACUGGCACCUCUCGGUGGAUUCGUGUGCGAUUCGAGUCGAGAGCACAGCGAGUUCGGUGAGUGUCUUUUUGGAGCUCGUCAUUUGGCUGGAGUGAAAAGUAUACUUGAUUUAAAUGCGUCGCAAUUGAGUGCUCAAACUACGUUGGCAGCCGAUCGUCGACGUGGGGAUAUGACGUUAAUGGAUGCUCACUAUCGUCAACACCAGCCAGGUAUGUUGCAGCGACUACAGAGUGGAUUGCAGCGAGCACAGUCCUAUGAGAAUAAGCAGAUGCAAGAGGAAGCGCUCAAGCGUAUCCCAGUGGAAACGCUACACGAACGCGCACGAGCUAACCCGUCGCCAAUGCCGUCGUACCAGGAUGAGCUGGUCAAACAGUUACUCCAUUGGUUUAAGCGCGAGUUCUUUACGUGGAUGAACCAGCCUCGAUGCUCGGCUUGUAACCACGAGAGGACUCGAUCAGUGCGAACAGAAGGACCCAAUACUCCCGAAGAAAGAGCUGGCCAAGCAAGUCGUGUUGAGGUGUACAUGUGUUCCGCAUGUAGAGCCUUCACUCGAUUCCCUCGUUAUAAUGAUCCAGUUAAGCUGCUAGAUACUCGUACUGGACGUUGCGGCGAAUGGGCGAACUGCUUUACUCUCUGUUGUCGUGCGAUGGGCUUCGAGGCACGUUACGUUUUGGAUGUGACGGACCAUGUGUGGACGGAGGUAUACUCGGAGCAUUUUAAGCGAUGGCUACACUGUGAUUCGUGCGAAGAUCAACUUGAUUGUCCUCUGACGUAUGAGGUCGGCUGGGGUAAAAACCUGUCGUACAUUUUCUCAUUCGCUCAUGACGAAGUGGCUGACACGGCGAGGAGAUACACCCAGAACUGGGCCGAGAUGCGCGCAAGACGUCAAGAUGUCAGCGAAACGUGGCUACAGACGACUAUCAGCCAGAUUAACCAGAGCUUACGCGAGCGGCAAACCCCGGAGAGAGUAGCAAUUUUGACAGCACGUGCUCAAAGCGAGCGUGAGGAGCUACUUCGUGGACGCUCUGUUCAAAAGUCGGAGGUUAAGGGCCGUGUGUCAGGCUCUGCUGAAUGGAAAAGUCAACGGAAGGAAGAUGGAAAGGAAGGAGAUGUACCCAAAGACGCUGCAAGCUCGUCGGCUUCAGUGAAGCCAGCCUCUGCUGUGUCAGCUGCAGAUAUUCUGCAGGAUAUCUGUAGGAAUCUGGUGGUUGGUUGUCAAUCUCCAGGAUGUUCGAACCCCUAUUGCUUUACUGGUCGCACGGGAUUGAGUUUCCCAGAAGUAUCCGAUGUCAAUGAGCGAGCUGCACAAGCUAUUCAAGUGGUGACAGCUCUGAGUGCAAAGGGACUCUCGUCGGAAUCCCUGUUGCAGUUGCAGUGUUCAAAGAGGUUGGAGCUCCGCAGCCUUCUGUGGAGAAAACACCCAUUGUUGUAUUUGCCGUUGCAAGAUCCUCCUUCCAGAGAUGGCAGUGUGCCUUUGAUCGACAUUUCGGGUCAUGAUCGUCACGUGGAGAACUCGCAGCACUGUGCACUUCGUAAACCUUUCCGGAUUCCACUUUCAGGCCGGGCAAUUGAUACUGAUAACGGGAAUCAAAACGGUGAUGGAGCGUUUGGAAUGCUGCUGCAUGGAGGCAAAUUCUUAGCUAUCCCUGGAGAGGUUGUGCCACACGCCACCGGCAUUGUGCUAUCAUUUCUCGUGCGCAUCGAUCAAAUUGAGGGACUGACAGCAAAGAAAUCGGAUGUGGUGACUGCUCUAAAUAUGAAGCUGGAUGCUGCCAACUCAGCAACCUCGGUGGAAUUUCGUGUCAGCUGGAGUCAAACUCAGCGGGAGUUCUCUUGUGAGCUUGAGGCCGAUAAUAAGGCGCAGAAGGGUAGCGUGGUGCUAGCGUUUGGACAAUAUGCACAUGUCACUAUAGUGCGAGGCGAACACUCUAUCACAGCUUACGUCAACGGAAUGGAGGCAGCAGUGCUGGAUGGAGAUUUUCAAGCGAGUGGACAAGAUAUCACUAUACAGGGACCUGCGAGUGGCUCUUCGGAUCUCACUGCUGUUAUCAGUCAUGUAGCCGUGAUCCCAACGAAGACUCUUGAAGAUGUAAAAGCUUUCUGUGCCGACAUGAAAGAGAACUUCGUAUCUGCUCCACCAUUGAAGGCAUUUGGACCCAAUGGAGAGCGCGGUGAUGAGAGAUGUUCUGAAGCUGUAGCUGGAGCGCAGUCAGGAUAUCGUGUUGCACGAGUCUUGAGUACGUCGAGUACUUCUCUUUGUAUUCGUACGAAAAAGAGGUGGCUACGUGGGUUCUAACAGUAUUUUGUUGUCGUUGUUGAAUGAAGUGUGGGGUGGUGAAUUCUUCGACGGACUCCAGUUUGUGUACCAAAACGUCAGCGACGCAAAUGCUACGUCUACAGUUUUCGGUACGCUGGUGGGAAAUGGCACCGCCAAGCGUCAAGCAUCACAACCUACCAUCACUCUUGAUUUGCUUGAGGAUGAGGUUGUUACGCGAGUGAGUGGACGUAAAGGUGCUUGGACCGAUAGCAUCUCCUUGCACACCAAUUUUGAGCGUACAAUUACUUGUGGAGGCAAGGGAGGGGGCGACUUCACUGUACCAACACCAGCAAAUACGGAGAUCCGCUCGAUCGUGUUCAAGGUUGGAGAUCAUUUGACUGAUCUCAGCGCUUUUGUGCUCGAGUCUUCGCUGAUCAGUUUAACCGAAGGCAAAACAAUACAGGAGCUCAAGAGAUUGCUGUCGUCCAGCGAGCCUUCAUCUCGCCAGAACGCCAUUUCUGCAGCGUUGCGGUAUCUAGAUAACAUCGCGCGACAACCGGAGGACCCUAAAUUCCAGUGUAUUCGCGCUAGCAACAAGUUUUUCGCUUCGAACGUGGGAGCGCUUGGAGUUGAACCGGCCAAGUCAUUCAUGCUCUGGUGCGGCUUCGAAGAGAUCUCUGAGCAAGGAGAGCAGUUCUUCACUUUCAAGCCAUCGCAAAUGCAUGCCAAGACAUCACCACAGCGGUUGGCAGCGGAAGCCCACAAGCGGGCUCAUUUUCUCAAGAAUGUCGGUACACAAUAAGAGUGCGUUUAACGAUUAGUUGGUAUAUGAACGCACAAUCAAUACCGAGAAAAAGCAAACGGCUAGUACAGUGUAUGUAGCGUAAAUGAAAGCUUGCCUGAGUUUCUCGUGGUAGCUGAAUGGACUGCUUUACAAUCGUGAAGCUUAACGGAA